UGUUAGCAGACGUGCAACUUGGGUCAAGAGCAUUAUGCAAGUGGGGUAUUAAGUAGCACCAUAUUCAGAGAUCAACCGAGGCUUCGUGUGGGGGCUAAUCCCUUUAUGAAGUCGACGGAAGAGGCUGUGAGUGGUGGUGAGGGCGGUGGUAGCCGGUGGUGGGCAUGUGGGAGAGUCCCCGGAAUGGUGUGGACGAGAGCCUGGCGCCGCUGGCAGCGAUGGGCGUGUAUAGGAGCAGCCAUGGUUGUGGGCGCUUGGUUGCUCCUAGCUGCACCUUGUGCCCUCCUAGCAUGCCCUCCACAAGAUUCCGAAGAGGUUCCUUCUGCUACCACUGACAAGUCCAGUGAACACGACGAUGCUGCUCGCCUCUUGUGCACAGCCUUCUCCUUCGUACCUACAAGCCAGCAGCAUGAGCUUCGGACCUCCCCUCAGCUGGGCGAGAAGAGUCCGUACAGCGUGGCGUAUGACUGGGUGGCCGCUGCUCGAUCCUUCACGGCUAACGAGUCGGUGACAUACACAACGCACACGACGCCCGAGAUGAUAAGUCACGUAGGAGCGUUAGCUGCCCGCUGGACGGGGCCGCUUUCUGUGGCAUUAUUUGUUCCAUAUUCAGAUUUCUGCUUAGCUGCGGCCCGAGUGGCCUUCUUACGUGUCUGUGGUCCCCCGGACGUGAAAGAACGGGUUUCGUGGCACCUUUUCUGGCCACGGGAUACACCUCCCGCAGCUGACUGGCACCUUGUAGUGGAUGAGAACACCAUUGACUGUGACACGGACAAAACGUCAUCAGUGCGUGGGUUUCGUACAACAGAAGGUCUCCCAUACCCAGUGAAUGUGGCUCGUAAUGUGGCCCGAUCAGCAGCCCCUACGUGGUAUGUGCUGCCAUCUGACGUGGAACUGUAUCCAUCACAAGGACUAGUUGAACAAUUCUUGGGACUAAUCCAAAGAAUAAAUUCCGGGAAAGAGAGAAGAGUGGCGGAGGCAUCGCCCCGAGUGUUUGUGGUGCCUGUGUUCGAGGUGGCAGCGGUGGUUCCCUUCAGUAAAGAAGAACUGGUGCAACAAUAUCAGCAGAAUGAUGCCGUGUACUUCCACCGUCAUGUGUGCGCUCACUGCCAACGGUUUCCUGCGCUCUCAGACUGGAUACGUCAGCCAGGAACACCUGGCAUUCUUAAGGCCUUCUCGGUGGUGAAGAGACAGUUCCCCUACCACCGCUGGGAACCUAUUUACAUCUGUACUAAGGCUGAGCCCCUUUAUGAUGAGCGCCUUACCUGGGAGGGUCUCCAGGACAAGAUGACUCAGAUGCACGAGCUGUGUCUCCGGGAGUACAGCAUGGUCAUCUUGGACACGGCCUUCCUCGUCCACGCCCCUGGUAUCAAGAGGAGGAAUAAGAACAAAGCGAAGGACGACGUCUGGAGAGAUCCUUUCGUUGCCAAGAAUGCUAAAAUCUACGACGAAAUCAUGGAAGAAAUGCAGAAAAAAUUUGGCCCAAGUGAAAAAUGCCGUCGACAUUGACCUGUGAGGGGAAAAGUGGAUGUGUAAUAUAAUCAGUGCAUUGUUCUCUGGAAGACAAUGUAACGUUAUGACAAUGGAACAUUUCCUUUUCCAUGUGAAUAUAAUGAAUGAAAUUUCCAUGUGACUAUAAUGAAUGAAGUAUUCGAUGCUAACUGAAAAAUCACUAUUUUUUCACUGUGUGUGUUGAACCUGAUGCGGGUAAAAGAGGUGCUCAUCUUUACGUGUUCCGGACCUAUAUAUACCUUCUCCUGGCUGCUCCAGCCUCUGCUAGCAAGGAAUUUGCGUUGUUACAACAUGAUGGUGUAUCAAGUUAAUGAUUUGUUCUUGUCUUUCGGGGAAGGGCGUGGGAUUGAUUGCUUUGUUUUUCCUCCUCAGAGAGUGGCUUCUCAAACAGAUACUCGUCGAACAUUUUCUAUCCGAAUAGUUACUCCCUAAACAGUUCCUUCGCUAAAUACUUGAUCUGCAAAAACAUUUGUAAGUGUAACGUGCAAAGGUUUAAGUAAUUUAUUAAACUCUUAGUACUUAA